CACUAAAAUUCCGAGAAUUUUUUUAAGAAUUACAAUCUCGAGAAUUUGAGAUUUAAAAUCGCAAUGUUUAAAUUGUUCUUUCGGUGUCGCGUAAAAAAUUUGAAGACGUCUAAAACAUUCCGUUUUUUUUUCUCAAGAAUUUGUGAGAAAUUUUUUAGACACACGUGUUGUGCCUGAGUAGAUGGAUAUAGCUUAUUAUUUAGCUGGCUAUACUUUCAAGUAAACCACGUGAUGCUGAAAUAGACGCGACGGAAGUCUUAAAGCUUACAUGCCGCGGCAUAAAUAUUUCAUUGACGUAAUCACAAUGUCUAUAAAUCGCUAUAUUUCUUAUUUGAAUAAAAACGACGCGGUAAGGAAAUGUAAUGUCAUUACAGCAUCGAAUUACAAGGAUGUCGCAAGAUAAUACCUACGAGAACGAGGAAAAUAAAAAGCUUUCAAACACGUCUCUCAAAUCUUAACAAAACUAAUAUUAAGGGUCGGUUUACUUGUAUAAAUCAGUGUGCAUGUCAUUUUCCUAACGCGGCGUAAGCUUCACUAAAACUUGUCCGAUGGUCGCGGGGGACAAAUGCGACCUGGAUUGAGUCGCAGCUUGCAGGCGGUUUUCCAGGGGCUGAACGGAGUCGCGAUACAUAUCCUGAGGUCAAGUGAAACCAAUCACGAAGAGUAUCGCACGGCGCAUCAAUUGACGGCAUCGCCAGAGAACGGGGGGCGCGGGAGAAGUUGCCUCUUCUCGAUGAAACACGGAUAUUCGUCUGACGGUGGAGGCGCGUACGCGAAGCGAAGCGUUAAAAUUAAAUCUAGCCAGAGGCCGUCGCCGCGUCCUCUCGAGCUCAGUCUCAAGAGCAUCCCCUAGCUGCACGGAUGCAUCCCGGUCGUCGAUCGAACUAGCAUCCCCCGUCGCGAUUCUCUCUCUUUCUCCGUGAACCGCCCCUCCCUUUGUGCGACGCGCAUCCGAUAAUCUGCGAACGUUCGAGGAUUCCUCGCGAGACGUCCAAUUCGCGCGAACUCGAGGCUCUCGAGCACCCUCACCUAAAAACUUGUCGAGGUAAUCCUUCGUCGUAUUAAGAUCCAAGUUUCUAAUUCGACAGUUGCAACUGCGUUCUCAUUGCACUCAUUAGCGUCAACUUAUUCAUAGAACCCCUCUCGUUGUUGGACACACGUAACAUCUACCGUCGCGGAUGCUGUUUUCGCACACUCGAAGCGGAUAAUAUAGUUGUGAGAUAAUUUUGCAAUGCGCCAAGAAGGACAUUAUAUAAAAUUUUUAGCGGGAUUAGCAGGACGUCGCGAGGAAUUUAAACGGCGUCCAGCCAGAUCCUCGAGAAAAAGAAAGAGAGAGAGAGAGAGAACGCUCGACUGUGCAAUCACCGGAGGACACAUGGACCGAGAGGACGAGGACUUUGGCGAGGGCUACAUCGCGGAGUCGCACCCGCUGAGACCGACGCAUCUCACGGUACCGCUCGGUGGACGCUCCAACUCGCGUGCCCCCAGCAUCAGCAGCAGCGUCAGCGAUCUCGACGUUCCGAUAUACACCAGGGAGACCACCAUACCUCUCUUAGCGAGGAAGGGGAAAGAAGACGGGAUAUGGGAAGCAAUUGAAUCGACCUAGUUAGACCUAGCUACAUCUCGACGGUCUCGAAAUCAGGCGGCGCAAUGGAUACGAAAGAUUUUUAAGAUUUGGACUGACUUGACAACGAAGCUCCUCUUGAACCGUCUCAUAAAUUAUGUAUUUAUCGGGUGUACAAUCGCCAACAUUUUAAUUACGCAUUAACCCGUCAUUGUCGUAUCAGUCGAUCGUCUCAAUUACAGUUGUUCCCGCUCGUUAUCGUUCAAUGACAGAUUCAACGCGAUAAGGAAAUUAUUCGAGACAGCCGUGUCGAGUGUCAGAAUCUCCACGGAAUCAUAAAUAUAAUAAAUUGUCAGCUGAAUCCAACUGAUAUCAGGUGGAAAAUAAGAGAGAGUAGAAAGUGGAAGAUCCUCGGGUGGAAAGUAUUAUUAGAGAAAAGUCCCCUAAUAUGGGAUAGCGGGGUUUCUGUUAAAUUAAU